AUGUAUUCAUCUUAUUCACAAUAUCCUGGUUCAACUCCUUGCGGCGGUAUGGGUUACGAAUAUCACACAUCUUCCACUACACCACCGCCGCCUGGUUAUGGAUAUUAUUCACCACGAUACAAUGUGUACACGACAUCUCCACCAAAGACAUCGGCAAAGCAACAUACACGACGAGCCACGCAAGACUAUUCAUAUCCCUCGGCGCGGACAACAUCAUAUCAUUAUCCCGACUCAUACAAUUACUCUGGACACACGCGCAAGCCUGAAUAUCAUACGCCACCACCGCAAUACUCCGAGGCUGAUGAACACCCUUACUACCAGUAUCAUCAAUCCACCCCUCAGCCUCGACCAGAGCCUCAAUCAAGAAGAAGAGCUACUUCAUACUCGACACCCAAACAAUCAGCACCUCGCGACCCACCACCCAAACCUCGCCAACAACAAGCACCACCACCUAAACGCGCCACUGCCACCGAUCGCGAUGCAAGAGCUGCUGGUAUACCCGCAGGCUACAACUUCAAGAACUGGGAUCCGAAUGAAGAGCCCAUUCUUCUCCUCGGCAGUGUCUUUGACGCAAACAGUUUGGGAAAAUGGAUUUACGACUGGACAGUCGCCUUCCACGGCCCUUCCACACCCAUCACAGAAAUGGCCGGCGACCUCUGGCUUUCCCUCAUCCAACUUGCCGGUAAAAUCAAGCGCGCCGAGGAGUGUCUCCCCCGUAUUCGUCGUCGCGACGACCGCGAAUUGAUCGACGAUUUCCUCGACUCUGGCGAACGUCUUUGGGAAAGAUUCAACAAGCUUCUGAAGGUUUGCGAGAAACACAUGCUCAAGACCGCGAAGCGAGAUCGUGGAAGUGAAAAAUUGUACAUGGGCAACAAUUCUGGAAGAGAGUUUGUGGAGACCAUCUUUGGAAGGGACAGAGAAUUGGAGAGGACGGAGAAAUUGAUGACAGGGGUCAGACUUUGGGGUAUGAGGUUUGAUGCCAAUUGUGAGGAGGUUUUGAGGUCUUCUCGUUGA